GGUCGUGGUCGGACGUCGUAGCAACUUUCGUGACGAAAAAGUCCAUCGCUAUCAGCGCUUAAACAUGGGUUUCUGUGGAAAAGCAUUACUUGUGGCAACAACCCUACUUACGGCGAUUGUGUACAAACAAUACCGGGAAAUGUCAGCCCCCUUUCCUGUACCGGAACUUAACCUAAAACGGUACUGGGGACCGGGCGAUGAGAAGCAGUACAAGGAGGACGUCAGCAUUAAACCCUUCAAAAUCGACUAUGGCCCCGAGGUGAUCGACAAACUGCGCACCAAAUUGAACGAUGUUCCCGCGCUAACCCCACCCCUGGAUGGGACUGCCUUCGAGUACGGGUUUAACACCGAUCGACUGAAGGAUGUUGUGUCCUACUGGCGCACCAGCUACCUGGACAAGUGGUCCAGCGGACGUCAGAAGUUCCUCAACAAGUUCCCGCACUUCCACACACAAAUCCAGGGAUUGAACAUGCAUUUCAUUCACGUGAAACCGGACAACGUUCCGAAGGGUACGAAGGUGUUUCCGCUGCUCCUCUUGCACGGAUGGCCCGGAUCGGUGCGUGAAUUCUAUGACAUCAUUCAAAAGCUUACGGCCAAGUCGGACGAUAAGCCUGGUUAUGUGUUCGAGGUGAUUGUUCCUAGCUUGCCCGGGUACGGCUGGUCGCAAGGAAGCUCCAAAACGGGUCUCAGUCCAUCCGAGGUGGCAAUUGUGAUGAAAAAUCUUAUGACUCGUAUUGGAUUUAAAAAGUUCUACAUCCAAGGAGGCGACUGGGGUUCUCUUAUUGGCAAUUACAUGGCAACCUUCUUCCAGCAGGAUGUGUUGGCUGUUCAUCUGAACAUGUGUUCCAUUAUGACCCCGCUUUCGUACCCGAAAACGUUCCUGGCAGCACUCAAACCCUCUCUUUUCAUCGACGAACAGUACGUUGACUACUACUAUCCGCUGGGCAGCAAGUUUUCCAACAUAAUCGAAGAGACGGGCUACAUGCACAUUCAAGCCACCAAGCCGGACACUAUUGGAACGGUUCUGCAGGGUAAUCCGAUUGGUCUUGCGGCGUACAUCCUGGAAAAGUUCUCCACUUGGACUAACCCCUCCUAUCGUAACUUGGCCGAUGGAGGUCUCGAAAAAUAUUUUACCCUCGACGCACUGUUGGACAAUGUGAUGAUUUACUAUCUGACUGAUAGCAUCACUACGUCUCAGCGAAUUUACGCCGAAGCGUUCGCAGCGGACGAGCUGAAGAAAGAGCUAGAUCGAAUUCCGACCGCGGUACCGGCUGCGUGCGCCAAGUUCCGCCAUGAACUGUUACAGCAGGUCGACUGGGUGCUGCGAGAUCAUUUCACCAACCUGGUGCAGAGCAACCAUUUCGCCGAUGGAGGCCACUUUGCAGCCAUGCAACUGCCGGACGUUUUGUACAAAGAUUUUGUUCAAUUUAUUAACACCGUGCGAAAGUAGGUGACGUGACGUACGGGGAGCAGCUGCAAAGUAGCAGACUUUUGAAAGGAAGUGAUGCUUAUUUUACACAAACAAGGCAGAAUUAACAAGCGAGAUGCCAAACGUUAACAUCAGUAUCGGUGGUAGGAAAGGUUCUUCAUAUUCGAAGUAAUCACAUCUGUUUCUAAAAACAAAAAUAAUAACACCUCUAAAGAUGAAUUGAUAAGAAUUCAACAGGGCAAGGUUCACAAUUCAACAUUGAUAAAAGCUAGUGAUACAGAGGAGCGUCUUGUAGGUCAGCAUAAAAUGGUUUUAGACUUCACAUCAUAAACCCACACGAUCGUUGAAACUCGAAACCUCACUAUGAUACAUUUGCUCAGGAAAUUAUAUUAAUCUAAUGUGUUAUUUGAUUUGUUUUUAAGUUUUCAUUCGAUCUUUUCAUGUUGUCAAAUAAAUGCACCUAAAACCGGGGAAUUGGUAUAAGGGACAUAGUCCACAUAACCCACA